AUGUCAGCUGGGAAUCACAGCUUUGUGACAGAGUUUGUCAUCGUUGGGUUCCCUGGGCUUCAGCCAGAGUUCUACGGUCUUGCCUCAACUGUAUUAUUCUUGGUGUAUUUUUGCACUACAGUAGGAAAUGUGGUUAUUCUUGUAUUGUUCGCAACAGACCGGGAUCUCCACAAACCCAUGUAUUUUGUUAUUUUACAUCUGGUUGUUUCUGAUAUUCUCUUUAGCACCACCACAUUACCAAAGAUUAUUGCCAGGUAUUGGUUUCAAGCAGGAGCCAUUUCAUUCACAGGUUGUUUUGUCCAGAUGUACUUAGUGCACUAUUUGGGAACUGUAAAUUCAUACAUUCUAUUUAUAAUGGCUUUAGACCGAUAUGUUUCAAUCUGUUUCCCGCUCAGAUAUCCAAUGAUUAUCAAAAACUCCACUAUUCAUAUUCUCAGUACUACUGCUUGGAUUGUUGCGAAAGCCKGCCCAUUGAUGAUGGUAAUUAGGGCCUAUCCUCUUCCUUACUGUGACUCAAACAAAAUCAUGCAGUGCUACUGUGAUCAUAUCGCUAUAACAACGCUUGCAUGCACUGAUAGGGCCCCUUAUAGUUUUCCUGCUUUURUYKUWGCMAUGSUGGYAUUACUGGGACCUCUUGCUUUUAUUAUAUUCUCAUAUUGCUCUAUUAUUGUGGCAGUUGUUCAGAUUGCGAGCACACAAGGCCGCCUCAAAACCCUUUCUACCUGCAGUGGUCAGCUGAUCAUCAUUGCACUGUAUUAUCUCCCCAGGUGUUUUAUUUAUCUGUCCAGUAAUAUCGGCAUUAGAUUCAGCACUGAUUUACGUAUUGUUAUUAUCAUGUUGUAUAGCCUGCUCCCUCCUAUGAUCAAUCUACUGAUAUACUGUUUUAAGACAAAAGAUAUAAAACAGAGCUUGAUGAAAAGAUUCAAGAGAUCAACUGAUCCCCAGAAGGAGAGGGUCUCUGCUAUUCAAGCUCUCGAUGGACGCACCAUCGGCUCUGGCCAGGUGGAAUAUCACACCCAGCCCAUUCUAAUACAGGUUGGGGUGAACCACUCAGAGACUCUUAGUUUUCUUUUGGUCACUGCUCCCGAGAACAACCGUGCAGGAGGCAUCUCGAGUCCUGAGACGCCUCCUGCAGAGCCAACUAUAUGUCAAGAAGUGUACCACGUAUCCCAAGGUCGUUUUCACACUAGCCUAUCGCCCGUGAUCCAGAAUCAGAAAUCAGACGCCCUGUCCCGCCAACACGAUGUCUAUAACGAGGAGAGGGACUCUGAUCUCAUCAUCCUCAGCUCCCGCAUUGUGGCCCCUGUGAUAUGGAGAAUUGAGACCACGGUCCGACAAGCCCAGACCCGAGAACCUGACCCCAGCGGGAGACCCACUGAUAUACUUUACGUUCUGUGA